AUGGAAAACCUAGCUCCUGACGGGCUCGCCCGUCUCUCUGCUCAGAUUGCGACAGCAGUUGCGAACGCGGUCAAGGAAGCGAUGGCUACACAAGCUCAGCCAAAUCCGCCGCCGCCGGAGGAGGACAAGUCGGUCAAGGUGGCACGUAUCAUUGACUCGCUGUCGGCACGUCUUGCGACGUUCAAGCACGUUCCGGAAGAGGAGGGGACGUUCGAAAACUGGUACGUCCGCUACGAGAAGCUCAUCGACGAGGAGGGCGGAAUCCUGGAGGCAAAGGCUCGGCUCAUUCUCGCGAAGCUGGACGCCCGGGGGUACGCACUGUUCGCAAAUCGACUCCUGCCGAAGGUUCCGGACAGUCUGACGUUCGCGGAACUCAUUGCGAAACUGAAGGAGACAUUCAAAUCGACUUCAUCAGAGUUUCGCCGCCGAUACGACUUCCUCCAAGCCUCAUACAAUAGAGGAGCUCUCGAGGAGUACACCGGCAACAUUCUCCGCCGUUUCACCACUUCAAAGUGGAAGGACGACGGACGAUCAGGUCUGCUGCCUGAUCUGGAUAGUCUGUCUGCGAGACGGUUCGUUCGCCGACAUUCGAACGAAGGCGCUGCAGCUACUGGAGAGCAAGCCGGAGAUGACGCUUCUGGAACUGGAAGCGAAGAUCAAGCGACUUCUGGAAAUUCGAGACGACUCGCAACGCGUCGGGGCGUCUAA